AUGAUCUUAUUCAAUCUAAACUUUAUUCAAACCAACUUUCAAGAUACACUCGCUCAGUUGAUCAAAAUACAAUUAAUUCGAAGGUUAUAUCUAUUUCUCCUAUUUAUUUCUACUUACCUGAACAACACCCUGCCAAAUUUUCAUAAAAUUUGGCCUCCACAAGCUAGCUUAACUAAUGCCCAACAAAGUUCACCCAUAGUCCAAACCUUUAUUGAUACAUUAAAAGAUCAACUACCCACUACUUCGAAAAUUUGGCCCCCACAAGCUAGUUUAAGUAAUGUUCAACAAAGAUUAUUAAUGGCUCAAACCAUUAACGAUACCUUGAAUAGUCAGUUUCCACAAAUAAGCCCCAGAAAUUUUCAACAAAGUUCAUGUACGUUUCAAUCCCCCUCAAAUGAUGCCAGGAUUUUUCACCCAACUAAAGCUGAACUAGUUGGAAUAAUUAAGAAACUGAAGAAUCAUAAAGCUUGUGGUCAAGAUUUAUUAUAUAGUGAAUGCCUGAAGACUGACUCUAGAUUAUGUGCAGGGAUUCUUCUUCCUAUUAUAUCCAGAGUAUGGUUUGAACGGGUGUGUCCGAAUGAUUGGAUCACUGCCACUUUAAUUAACUUCCCUAAAACGAAAGAUUCCAAAUUUCUUGAAGAUUGGAGAGGAAUAUCACUAAAUUCGGUGGUGUAUAAAAUAUUUGCAAAUAUUAUAUUAAAUAGGCUAAGACCGCUACUUGAACCACUUUUUACAGACUCAUUGGUCUCGUUUAGGAAAGGUCGAAACACUUUAGAGGCGAUUCUAUCAGUAAAAAUUUAA